AUGUCCCACUGGAGACAAUGUCCCACUGGAGACAAUGUCCCACUGGAGACACUGUCCCACUGGAGACAAUGUCCCACUGGAGACACUGUCCCACUGGAGACAAUGUCCCACUGGAAACAAUGUCCCACUGGAGACACUGUCCCACUGGAGACAAUGUCCCACUGGAGACAAUGUCCCACUGGAGACAAUGUCCCACUGGAGACAAUGUCCCACUGGAGACAAUGUCCCACUGGAGACAAUGUCCCACUGGAGACAAUGUCCCACUGGAGACAAUGUCCCACUGGAGACAAUGUCCCACUGGAGACAAUGUCCCACUGGAGACAAUGUCCCACUGGAGACAAUGUCCCACUGGAGACAAUGUCCCACUGGAGACAAUGUCCCACUGGAGACAAUGUCCCACUGGAGACAAUGUCCCACUGGAGACAAUGUCCCACUGGAGACAAUGUCCCACUGGAGACAAUGUCCCACUGGAGACAAUACAAUGUCCCACUGGAGACAAUGUCCCACUGGAGACAAUGUCCCACUGGAGACAAUGUCCCACUGGAGACAAUGUCCCACUGGAGACAAUGUCCCACUGGAGACAAUGUCCCACUGGAGACAAUGUCCCACUGGAGACAAUGUCCCACUGGAGACAAUGUCCCACUUGCACUGGAGACAAUGUCCCACUGGAGACACUGUCCCACUGGAGACACUGUCCCACUGGGGACACUGUCCCACUGGGGACACUGUCCCACUGGGGACACUGUCCCACUGGAGAGACUGUCCCACUGGAGACACUGUCCCACUGGAGAGACUGUCCCACUGGAGACACUGUCCCACUGGAGAGACUGUCCCACUGGAGACAAUGUCCCACUGGAGACAAUGUCCCACUGGAGACAAUGUCCCACUGGAGACACUGUCCCACUGGAGACACUGUCCCACUGGAGACACUGUCCCACUGGAGACACUGUCCCACUGGAGACAAUGUCCCACUGA